UUUUGUUGGUAGCAGUGUUUUAAGCUGUCAUGUGAUGAAAAUUUUCAUUUCGAAGAAGUAGAAAUAUUGAUAAAACAUUAUCAAAAAUGGCUCUGCGUCACGUAGUAGCAUAUACAUUUACAGGAAGUGCUACAUUAGCAUCAAUAAUUUUGAUAUUAUACCAUGUACUUACUGGAAAAGGAGAACGGGUUAGUUUUGCUUGGUUUCUAAAAGAUACAUCCCCAUAUAUGUGGGCUUGCAUUGGUAUUGGACUUUCAGUCGCAUUAUCGGUAGUAGGUGCAGCUUUAGGAAUACAUACAGUAGGAGUAAGCAUCAUUGGAGGUGGUGUUAAAGCGCCGCGGAUCAAGACAAAAAAUUUGAUUUCAGUAAUUUUUUGUGAAGCUGUAGCAAUUUAUGGCUUAAUCACUGCCAUUGUUUUAUCAGGAUUAUUGGAGCCCUUUGACAAAACAGGCGGUGUAAUAAAAAACAAUAAUUAUGCUGCCGGAUACAUAAUGUUUUGGGCGGGUGUAUCUGUAGGGUUGGUGGAUUUAUUCUGCGGUAUUGCUAUUGGUUGUGUCGGAUCUGGAGCUGCUUUAGCUGAUGCUGCUAAUGCAGCACUUUUUGUAAAAAUGCUAAUUGUAGAAAUUUUUGGCUCAGCUAUUGGUUUAUUUGGAUUGAUUGUUGGCAUUUAUAUGACAUCGAAGGUGAAGAUGGGUGCCAAAGAAUAAUCAGAAUAAAGAUUGUUAUUUUAUCAAUAUUAACAUAUUAUUAUAUACAUUUUUGUUUUGUAUUCGCAAAAAUACUGUAUAUAGAAAUUUUAUUGAACAAAUCUUUAACUUUCAUGAAUAAUCAUUAAAAGAAAAAUAUGUGAAUUGGUGUAAUUAAAAUUUAUUUCAUGUCAUAAGAUAGCCAAAAAGUUUUAGUUAUGUUUGUUUAAUAAGUAUUACUUAAGAUAUAAUAUAAUAAUUCAACAAAUAAAAAUUUGU